GUAAAUUUCAGUACGUCUACACAUACGUCUACGUUAAUUCAGUAGUCGAUAUUUUCAACAAAUUGCUAGUGGUUCCGUUUGCCUCGUGUUGUUUUUACAGAAUUAGAUCAUUUAAAUAUAUUCAGUGUUUGAAUACACAACUGUGUUUGAAAGGAUUGAAUUAAAGAAUAUUUAUGUUGUUUACUAUAAUAUUUAUCGAUAAAGUAGUUUUCCUGUACAAGAAUAACAGAUUCUACAAUGGACAUUAUAGGGAGACGCCAGGAAUUUAAUAUUUCUAUUGGUAUACUCUUAUUUUUGUCGUGGUUAACUGUUGUUCACAGCAUCGACUGCUUCAAGUGCGUGUCAAUGGGCGGGGGAUUCCCGGCGUGCGAUGAUCCCUUCCACAACAACCACUCCUUGGAGAUGCUGGAGACGCCCUGCAUGGGCGGGAGGAAGGGUCGGGAUGGACUGUUUCCGGCGACAUCUUGUAUCAAAAUCGCUGGGUUUUUUGAUGACACUGGCGAAAGAAUCACGGUGCGUGGAUGCGGGUUAGACUCUGGAACGGCUACAACCGACACGGAGAUAAUAAGGAUGUCGCACUGCGGCAGAUUUUACUACAACGACAGGUACGUCCACGGCUGCCUCCAGAGUUGUAACGACGCGGAUGCGUGUAACGGAACCCCGUACUUAUUACCGCAUUCAUCGCUGUUAAUACCAUUACUGGUAACACACUUAUUAAGCAUUGUCAGGAGUCUGAGCUAACAGGAUUACAGCGGGGAUACAGAGGUGCUAGAGUUUUGAGGGCACGGUUACUUCGUUAGGGUCGUUUGCACAUUGAAACGCACUCACCUUUUCUUGUCGAUGAUGAUUUGCUAUAACGAACAGCUAUGUCUGUGGUAGGGUGCAAGUGGCGGAUCAUUUACUGCCAUAUCCACCUAUCUGGCCAUCUGUUUUUACUCAUGUACAAAUGGUGUGUUUGCGCCAAUUAGUUAUCUGUGCGGAAGUUUGUAGUAAAAAAAAAAUCCCGCAUUUUUUUUACGUUUUUCGAAUGUACAUCCUUUUACCGAGUCCAGAGUUUUAUUUCGUCAAAAAUUAUAAAUCAGGACUAGUUGUCUUCAUCAGGGUGAUUAAGCUGCGGCAACAGUCUGGACUAAAUAUAAGCAGUUUGAGGUCAUUGACACUUAAGUCACAAGAGUCUCGUUCGUAUCUACUUCAGAAUCGCGGUCAUAGGCGGGAUUAAGCUCCUUUCCUAGAGCAAAUAUGCAACCAUAACUAACGCCAUAUUCAUGUACUUUGAAAGGCAAUCUGCCUUUCGUUUUAUUUCUUUCUCGCUUUGUGUUUAACUGAAGUGCAUUUCAACGUUCGCGUAUAAUGGGACAGAUGAUGAUGAGGUUACAUUUACAAAUAAAUACCAAAAUGUGAGUUAAAAAAAUCUUUCGCUUCUGUUGGAACUAAUAAAUAAAUUAUAACAGUAUUCAGUACCAAACCGUGUCCUCAACGACCAAAGGGAUAAAUGUCCAUUAAAUAAUUGUAAUAAAAUAAAUUAUAGGCAAUAAGCUUAAAUCACUUUACACUUUUAUGUUGCAGUAGAAUAAGAAGCUAUUUAAGAGUAGGGGUUGCAAUCCGGUAGCACUUUCAUCCAGCAAAAUUAUCUUAUCCUUCUCAAUAAGCAUAUUGGGUUAUCCCAUAUUAACUACUAGCGAGCCGCCCCGGCUUCGCAUGGGUGCAAAAUUAUAAAAGUUAUUAUACAUAAAAACCUUCCUCUUGAAUCAGUCUACCUGUUACAAAAAACCGCAUCAAAAUCCGUUGCGUAAUUUUAAAGAUUUAAGCAUACAGAAAAACAGACUAAAAUAGCGACUUUGUUUUAUACUAUGUAGUGAUGAUAUCCCAAUAAUAACUGAGACGAUUUCGCACCAGUAAUCCCACAGGACACUAACGAAAUGGUCUCAGUUUGUUCUUUAUUUUAGACUGGUCCAAAACACUGCGGAUUUCUGGAUCAGCUGGACUAGUUUGCAAUCCCUAGUUAAGAGUAAUCCGUAAGCGUUAUAACGGAAAAUAUUUGAAAAAUAUUAAUUUACUUUUCCAGGCUGACCUGUAUAAAUAACGCUCACGUAAUACUGUUAAACAAUUUUAAUGAUGCAUCAAACAUAAUCAUAACGUAGGUAUAGAAAUUAAUUAAAAUUUGCAUCUGAUAAAUCUCACACAAAGGUGUGCUCUUGUUUAGAAUUUUUUUUUAGCUGUAUUCCUGUCAUGCUUGCAACAAAUAGUAAAUAUAGAAGGCAUGACGUAUAAGCGUUAUGCCAAUGUUAAUUAUGCCAUUUGUUGUCCUAAUAUUUUUUAGAAAGAAUCUUUGAUAUCGAUCGGCCUAUGAUUUUCUACCAAAUACGCACGUACAAAUUGUUCUGAUGAAUUAUAGCAGUCCAAGCAGACUGAUGAUUAAUGUGUAAAUGCUCCCGUUUUCAUAAUAAUAAUAAGCUCUUUAUUUGCUUAAAAAAUGGUAAGCACAACGAUAUUCAUAGAGUUCUCAUGAUUUACCAAAUUUGUUGGCAUGCACAAUUGGCAAAUCUACGAAUUUUCAUAAUUUAUUUUAAAUAAUAAUUUAGUUUCCUCUAAUGCCUAUUUUACUAUUCGAUAAGGCCUAAUGUCCACGAGGCAAUAUUCAUAUAUAUUUUAAAGAGGAUUUCUUUAUUAAUUUAUUAAAGGAAUAAAAUCGUAGGCGUAUUAUACUAUGUAGUGAUUGAAGUGAAAUAAACAGAAUAAUCGACCUAAAACUGUAUACGUGUCUAUAUAAAUAUUGUCGGAACGAGCUGAAUAAUUGCCCUGGUUUCUAUUGCAUAAAAGUUAUAAGUUUAUUUAAUUAAUACAUGGAAUCAUUAUUAUUCUGUGUGUAUUUUAUAACGUUUAAACAUUUAUUUAUCUUUCUCUGCCCAACGCCUGUUUAGUUUCCUUCCACCCAAAGGUUAACUGUAAGAGAUUGCAUUAGCGAUAAGUCCGCCUUUGUACCAUCUCUAUCUAUUUUGUGCUGUUUUAUAUGUUUUACUCUUAUGGUGCAAUAAAGAAUUUUAUCUUUGUGUUAAGACAAUAAUUUUAUAAUUUGUGAUGCUUAAAAAGUUACUAUUUUGUCACCUUGUCUCGUGGACUUGAAUAUAUUAUUUCUAUUAUUGAUGGGUUGUGAUUCUAAUGGUUUCCUACUAUAUAAUACUAUCUAAAUUGUACAAUUAUAUACAACUCGGUCUAAUGAGAAUUACUUCUUACAUUAUUUGUAUUCUUUGUCAGAAUUUCAGGGUGCAUUUCAUAAAUUUUAUUACGCAUAUUUCCCAAAAAAAUAAAAAACAACUAUGAUGAUACAUAAUAGUUACUAACUACUAUUAUUUUAAUACCAGUCGAUAUGCAUAAAAAAUAUGUGAAACAAUGAUUAUGCUAAAAAACGUUAUACUAUUUUCAAAUUAUGCCAGUAAGAUUUAUGGGACCCGUUGAACUAAAAUGAGUGUCUGUCUGAUGCUGUUAAGAGACUAUUGUAUCUUUUAACUUAAAAACAAACAAGAUAUAUAUAAGGUAGUUACAUAACAUAUACAUAAAUUGAUUUUAUACUAUAGGUUUAAAUGGCAUUUUUGUACACGUGUAGUAGCACAACAUAAAUUUAUGGCAUAAUCAGGAUCAGCAAAUCAUAUUACUUUUAAUUUAAGUUUUAGUUAUUUAUUAAGUUUAAAUUGUUAUAAAUGUAAAUUUAAUUUGUCAAAUUUAUUUUAAAUAGAAAUGAACUACCUACUAUCUCAAAUGAAGGUGCUAUUAAGCUUAAUGCACCACCUUUUCUUGAUGCAUUUAUUUACCCACGAAAUCGACUAAUAAGAAUCAAUCAAUGUUUUGACAAUUAUUAUUAUUUGUAUUUAUAUAU